UGUCAGUUUAUUCGUCGAUUCGGAUAGUGAUCUUUCAUCCAUUUUUUUUUGUUUCAGCACGCUGUGUAAUAUCACAGGGUUUGAUAUUCGUGUCCGAAAAAUUGAACCGAUUUCAUCUCAAAUUGACGUAUACAGCACGGCCACUGAUGUGUAUCUUUACGCAGUCGACCCCUUGCUCAACGUAGUUGUAGAUGCAGACAGGCUUCAAAGAAUCCUGGAUUUCAAAAGAGAAAUGAUAGACAAAGAGUUGGAAGCUUUCCAAGUACUGGGUUUAACAACAAAUAUUUCUGAAAGAAAAUCCAAAGGUCGCAUGUUACAACUGUCUACUUUGGAAAUUGGAGUGGUCGUACUUGGAUGUUUGAUAUUUAUCUGUUGUCUAAUUGUGCUAACUUGUGCGAUAGUCAAUCGUCAAAGAAAGAAAAGGUUAAAGGAAUCUAAAUUUAUCUCACGACCCCCUCCAACGUACGGCAUUUCGACCAGCGAAUUUGGAAAAACUUUACAUUUUCCAUCAAAUUUCGAAGAAUCGAUUCAGUACACUGAGGCAAAACGAGACGUUCCUAAAAUUCCGAAACACUCAGCGGAUUACCCACGAAUCCUGAAACAUACGUCACACGCAGACGAAAGGGCUAGAAGCAUAGGAGGUCUGGAAACAUCCAUGACAUCGCUACACUCAAGUGGAAAAGAUUCCGGGAUCAUUGAUGAGAGUCAGCACUGUCCGUGUGGACAAUCCAGUAGCGUGGGUUCCGAAGGUAGUUGCGGGAGCAGCUACGAAGACUCCUUGAACUCUGAAAAUCAACCAAAACUGCAACACGACAACGGUGCCGUGCAUAACUAUCGAGUGUGCCGUUCAACAACAAAACAACAGCGUCGUAAAAGGAAGAAGACGACGACCUCCGAAGGUUUGGGACAACGGCCGCAUACCGUCGCAUUUUUAAAUCCGUAUUCGCGCCAAAUUUAUCCCAACUCUUCUUACUUAUUCCCAAGACCUUUUACUACGACUAUGGUUGCACACGGUAGAAAUCCGUCGUGACUAUUUUAGUAAGAUUGUAGAUUUAUGUAUUUGUGUCAGAUGUAUAAGACUACAAAGCUCCAUUGUCAUAGUGUUACCAAAUCCCUGUACGUACAUCUUGUACUUGCAUUUAAAUCUCACGCCUUUUGUGAACAACGUAUUUACUAGUAACCGUCUUAUAAUGGGGUUAACUUGCAUCUAGCCUAUAAUUCCCAAAACACCGCAGAAAACAGAAUUUAUCAGCUAUGUGACAUCGUUUAAGCCGAUCUGAAGGAACCGUCGCAGUAGUGUGGUUAUAUCGUGAAAAAAUUGAAAACUUUCUAACUUAUGUAUAUAAAUAGAAUUUAGAAAUGUAAUUUUUCCCCCUUGUACAUAAUAUAUAGCAUUAAACAACUC